GCGGCGGAGCUGUGGCUGCUCCUGCUGCUGGGGAGGAGCGGCGAGGUAGCAGCCUUGUGCCUCCCCGGACUCGCGACUCCCCAAGUGGGGGGGCAGAGCCGCGGCGCUCGGAUCUGCCAGUUAGAAGGCACCGGGAAAGAGAGACCUGCAAACUCCUCCUCAGUCUCUCCUCUCCACCCCCUUUUGGCCCCUGCCCUUGGAGAAAGUGGAGUGUGGCGCUUGGUUCUCAUUAUUUCUUCGGACUGCCUCUCGGUUCGCAGAUUCAGCUGCUGCCCAGUGGGGCUUUCGCUGUUCGAGAGUCUGUGUGUAGUUCCCCCCAGCACACCUCUGUCGACGAUGAGGAAAGGUCUGCGGGCGACAGCGGCCCGCUGCGGACUGGGACUGGGAUACGUGCUGCAAACGCUCGUGCUACCUGCCCUGGCCCUGCUCAGCGCCAGCGGCACCGGCUCCGCCGCUCAAGAUGAUGACUUUUUUCAUGAACUACCAGAAACUUUUCCAUCUGAUCCACCUGAGCCUCUGCCACAUUUCCUUAUCGAGCCUGAAGAAGCUUAUAUUGUGAAGAAUAAGCCUGUUAACCUGUAUUGUAAAGCCAGCCCUGCCACCCAGAUCUACUUCAAGUGCAACAGUGAAUGGGUUCAUCAGAAGGACCACAUAGUAGACGAGAGAGUAGAUGAAACCUCUGGUCUCAUUGUCCGGGAAGUGAGCAUUGAGAUUUCACGCCAGCAAGUGGAAGAAUUAUUUGGGCCUGAUGACUACUGGUGCCAGUGUGUGGCCUGGAGCUCAGCGGGCACCACAAAGAGCAGGAAGGCCUAUGUGCGCAUCGCAUAUCUACGGAAGACAUUUGAGCAGGAACCCCUGGGAAAGGAAGUAUCCCUGGAGCAGGAAGUCUUGCUCCAGUGCCGACCACCUGAAGGGAUACCAGUGGCUGAGGUGGAAUGGUUGAAAAAUGAAGACAUAAUCGAUCCUGUAGAAGAUCGGAAUUUUUACAUUACUAUUGAUCACAACCUCAUCAUCAAGCAGGCCCGCCUCUCAGAUACCGCAAAUUAUACUUGUGUCGCCAAAAACAUUGUUGCCAAGAGGAAAAGCACAACGGCAACUGUCAUCGUCUAUGUAAACGGUGGCUGGUCCACCUGGACGGAGUGGUCCGUGUGCAACAGCCGCUGUGGGCGAGGGUACCAGAAACGCACACGGACCUGCACCAACCCAGCACCACUCAACGGUGGCGCCUUCUGCGAAGGACAGAGUGUGCAGAAGAUCGCCUGUACCACGUUAUGCCCAGUGGAUGGCAGGUGGACCUCCUGGAGCAAGUGGUCUACUUGUGGGACCGAGUGCACACACUGGCGCAGGCGGGAGUGCACAGCGCCAGCCCCCAAGAAUGGAGGCAAGGACUGCGAUGGUCUGGUCUUGCAGUCCAAGAAUUGCACUGACGGGCUCUGCAUGCAGAGUUUCAUUUAUCCUAUUUCAACUGAACAGAGAACCCAGAAUGAAUAUGGAUUUUCUUCUGCUCCUGAUUCAGAUGACAUUGCUCUGUAUGUUGGCGUUGUGAUUGCUGUCAUUGUUUGCCUGGCCAUCUCUGUAGUCGUGGCCCUGUUUGUGUACCGGAAGAAUCAUCGUGACUUUGAGUCUGAUAUUAUUGACUCUUCAGCACUCAAUGGAGGUUUCCAGCCUGUGAACAUCAAGGCAGCCAGACAAGAUAUCCUGGCAGUACCUCCAGACCUCACAUCAGCGGCAGCCAUGUACAGGGGGCCGGUCUAUGCCUUGCAUGAUGUCUCGGACAAAAUUCCCAUGACCAACUCUCCGAUUCUGGAUCCACUGCCUAACCUGAAAAUCAAAGUGUACAAUACCUCAGGGGCUGUCACCCCCCAAGACGACCUCUCUGAGUUUGCAUCAAAGCUGUCCCCUCAGAUGACUCAGUCCUUGUUGGAGAACGAGGCCCUCAACCUGAAGAGCCAGAGUCUGGCACGGCAGACCGAUCCAUCCUGUACCGCAUUUGGUACCUUCAACUCGCUCGGGGGUCACCUUAUUGUUCCCAAUUCAGGAGUGAGCUUGCUGAUUCCCGCUGGGGCCGUUCCCCAAGGGAGAGUCUACGAAAUGUAUGUGACUGUACACAGGAAAGAAAAUAUGAGGCCACCCAUGGAAGACACUCAGAUGCUCUUGACCCCUGUGGUGAGCUGUGGACCUCCCGGAGCCCUGCUGACCCGCCCCAUCAUCCUCACUAUGCAUCACUGCGCAGAUCCCAAUACCGAGGACUGGAAGAUACAGCUCAAGAACCAGGCAGCACAGGGCCAGUGGGAGGAUGUGGUGGUGGUGGGAGAGGAAAACUUCACUACACCCUGCUACAUUCAGCUGGAUGCGGAGGCCUGCCACCUCCUCACAGAGAACCUCAGCACCUACGCCCUCGUGGGCCAGUCCACCACCAAAGGUGCUGCGAAGCGCCUGAAGCUGGCCAUCUUCGGGCCACUCUGCUGCUCCUCCCUGGAGUACAGUGUCCGAGUUUAUUGCCUGGAUGACACCCAAGAUGCCCUGAAGGAAGUUUUGCAGCUUGAGAGACAGAUGGGAGGACAGCUCCUAGAGGAACCGAAGGCUCUUCAUUUCAAAGGCAGUGCCCACAACCUGCGCCUGUCCAUUCAUGACAUCGCCCAUUCCCUCUGGAAGAGCAAAUUGCUGGCUAAGUAUCAGGAGAUUCCUUUUUACCAUAUCUGGAGUGGGUCUCAGAGGCACCUCCACUGCACAUUCACUCUGGAAAGAUUCAGCCUGAACACGGUGGAGCUGGUCUGCAAACUCUGCGUGCGACAGGUGGAAGGAGAAGGGCAGAUCUUCCAGCUCAACUGCACCGUCUCAGAGGAACCCACAGGCAUCGAUCUGCCGCUGCUGGACCCAGCGAGCACCAUCACCACCAUGACAGGACCCAGUGCUUUCAGCAUCCCUCCCCCGAUCCGGCAGAAGCUCUGUAGCAGCCUGGAUGCUCCACAGACCAGAGGUCAUGACUGGAGGAUGCUGGCCCAUAAGCUAAACCUGGACAGGUACUUGAAUUACUUUGCCACCAAAUCGAGCCCAACUGGUGUAAUCCUGGAUCUUUGGGAAGCACAGAACUUCCCGGAUGGAAACCUGAGCAUGCUGGCGGCUGUCCUGGAGGAAAUGGGCAGGCAUGAAACAGUAGUGUCUUUAUCAGUGGAAGGACAGUACUGACUCGGGUGGGAUUGGCAGGGAAGGACCAGAAUGCACAGGGAGUCUGUGGCCGUCCAGGGGAUCACCGCUGAGGAGGAAAUCCAGACGAGACCAAUGAGCUUCACGGGCAAGACCGCAGCGGGAGAGAGAAGGAAAACAGAUUCAACUACCAACACCCAUGCCCACUCUGCUGGGACUUCACCACAGGAGUUAAGAACAAUCAUGUACAUUUGUACCUUGAAUUUAGAAACCAACCUAAUUUUCCUAUUUGUUGGGCUGUAUGCUGUGUGGUACAGGAUCUUACAGUUUCCUAGGAAACGCUUUUUAUUGCUAUCCAGAUAUAUGGAUAAACUUUCUUAACAAACCCAAUUUCUACAAACGUUGUUUACAUCAAAUUGGACAGGGAUGCAGACAAUGUCCAUGGCUUGUUCUAUUUUUGUUUAAAUCAUUUGAAGUUGAAGCUGUGGACGGUUUGUUGUGUCUGUUUCAGAUUAGUAAUUUACAGAGAAAUCACAGACUUUUGCUACAAAUCAUGUGCUUCAAGUGUCUCAGAUAAUCCUCCCCUCAGUGUUCUGUUUCUGGAACUUGUAAAACCAGUGUUACUGUCUGUAUCAGGGAAGUGGAGAUCUAAAUGUAAAGGAGAAAUAGCUAAGACUCCUUAUUCCUGGAGGACGCCCUUCCCGGGCCCUCUGGGAAUAACGUUGUGGCAUUGCCGGAAGGACGGCACUUCAUGUUCAACCACACAAACAAGCAUUUCUUCAUAAAAUGUGUGUGUGUGAGAUACGCGAUUUGAAUUGUUUUUUUAAAGGUAUCAUUAUCAUUAUUAUUAUUAUCGACGAGUAUUUACAAGUAUUCUAGUAAAAGAAUUUUAUUUUAACUUCUGUUUUUGUUAGCAGUACUGUUAGUAUUUAGGUAUUGACUAGACCUGCCUCACCGUUUCCCAUAACAAGGUGGGCAUGGCCACCAGUUUAAUUAAACAGGCGUUGCUUCCUUCGCCUUUCAUCUUUUCCCGUCAUUCUGCCCCAGAGGUGGUCAGUGCUUACUGACUUGUCAGUCUGUUCUUACAGCUUGGUCGGGCAGGGUCUUUCUCCUCUGAGUCUUAUCACGUGAAGCAUUCUCUAUUCAAGUUCACUUAAUACAGGGGUCACAUGGCCCCACACUGACUCCCUCAGUACUCUGUCUCCCUUGGAGGCAGUGUGGUUGGAGGAAUGGCCUCUGAACUGGAAAUUGGGAAACCAGUUCUCACUUUGGGUUUGCGGUUGUCUAGCUGUGCUACUUGGGAAAGUCAUUUGACCUCAUUAGACCUCAGCUUCCUCGCCUGUAAACACCACAGUGGGUCAGAUGAUCUCAAGGUUGGACCCCAACUCCAGCCUCACUCACCAGUAAGAAAACCACAGUGGCUCUGAGCUGGACCCUUUCAAGAUCCGUAAAAGCUAGACUCUUGUCCAGGUUACAUUACACCUUUCAAAUACUUCCAACUUGCAAGACAGUUAUUCUAACCUGUAACAUAUUUGUUAUGCUUUCAAGUCUUGUCUCUGCAUCAUUGAAUGAUGCUGUUCACCAAGAGAUCACAUCCCUUUAUUAUCACUUUCUUUCCUCUCUUGGAACCAUUUGCCUUCCUGGUUAGUGGCAAAUUAUGUUCUAUUACUGUCAUGAAAUUUUUAAAUUAAAAAAAUUUUAACUGAAAAAUAGCUCAUCAAGACAGUACUUUGUGUAAACUAGGGUAUUUCCUUAGGACCAUCACAAGUUCUGUGUUUUAACACAGGGGCUCAGUUCAUUCUGCAGAUGGGAAACUGAGUCAACAGCCCAGGAGCCAAAUCAGGAUGGAAAAACAAGGACCCAGGUGUAUGAAUAAGAACCUUGAAAAUGUAGCCAUGGCUUAUUCUGGGCUAGAGGCAUCCAGCUUGCUGGAUGGAUUUGAAUUAGAAAUAAUUUCAUAGAGUUUUUCCCUCCCUUCCACAUAUAUUUCCUCUCCUAUUUUGGUGACUUCUUGAUAUUUUUAGACCCCUCCAUCCUUGUCAUUGAGAAAAUACUGAUACUUUGGUAUGAAGCCUUUCCAUUCAUACCCUUCAUUUCUUGUUUUCUGUUUUAGGCAUGUAUUCUAUAAUCUGUCUCUCUCAUGCCACCCCCUGCACCAUAUAGAAAAAUAUGUUACACUUGUCAUGAAAGGGAAAGCUUGCAUUAAUAAACAAGUUCAGUGGAUAAUGCCUGUACCGAUGCAUAAUUUGACCAAAAGAUAGUAAAAUUGUAUUCUACACAAAAAAUUAAAUAUAUAUUUUUUUAAAUGGAGGAAGAUCAAAGAGAGCUAUUGUUCAUUGCUGCAUCUUGAAACUUCCCAAGCUUGCUCACCAUUCCUGGUUUGGGGGGUUGUCAUCUAUGGCAAUUAGGAAUUAGAAAUCUGAAGGACUCUUAAAGGAACUCCCCUGCCUACUGAAAAGUAGAAGGAGUAGAUAUGCAGCUAUCCAGAUAAUCAUUUCAAAAGUAGAACUAGAAAAAAAUGCCAUUGAAAAGUCAUCAACACAGAAAUAGGGAGCAGAGCAGGAACUGUAUUGUCAAUGCCAUUGAGGGCCUUUGGCGUUCACCUCAGCUGCUGUGGUUCAGCAUCCCAGCACCAGAAACAGGAACAGAGGCUGGCUCUUUAUAAAGGAGGUGUCCAUCUCUCAGUGGGUGCGGAUUUCUGUGACGUUUCCCAUCAAGUGAAUGGCAACUUCCACACAUCAACACUCCAUUUAAUGUCAGAUCAUUUUCACUACGAAUUCUGAUCUCCUUCUUCUGUGGAAAAAAGCAAGAGUGGUUAGAUUGCUCUCAAACUUAGAAGCUCCACAGCCAUCCGUUCAUUUCCAGGCGGCCACUUCAUCAACCACUCUAUGAGUCCAGUCCUGCCUCUCCUGCCUUUUCAGCUUGUGCCCAGAGACAGGCUUGCUUCAUUGGGAAGGGAAAUUUAUCACUUGUCCGUGGUGCCACCUAGUGGUGUGUAACACAGUCCACCUUGAGUUUGUUACACAAACGCACUAAAAGUUGACAAAGGGAAUGAAUACCUGCAGAGUCAACAGGACUUUGAUGACAAAUAGACAUGGGACAUUUUUCACUUGAAAUACAGUUUUCUUAUUUUCAUAUUUUUCUCACUGAAAGUACCCAUAACAAAAAUCUCAUGUCACGCUGAGCCUACUAUGUCAUCAACUCAUUCACACAUGACACAUCUCAAGUUGGUAUUUUGGUGGUAGAAAUAAUAGAAAUACAUAAAAAUCUAUAUAAAACAGUCUUUGAAGACAUCAUUUUAAACAUCUACGCAGUAUUUUUCACUGGGCCUUAUACAUUUUAAGUCUCCUUACAUUUGGUUCCUAACAUUUGUGUUUGGAAAUGUAAGAAGCAUCCACUUGGAAAAAGUGUUAUAUGUGAAAAUGAGAAUCCUAUGUCUAAGUAGUUGAAAUGUGAUUGUUGAUCAAGGAGAACAGCUUCCUUUCUUCUGAAUUUGGGGACCUAAAGACAGAGGUUUCAUCCUGUUCUUACUGUCAUUUUUUUUUUCUCACCACACUGAUGUGAAUUUCCUUAAAACGAUCUGGAAGGAAGAGAAGUUGGGUUCAGAAUUGAUACCUGGGCACGAGGGGAUGGGAACGUGUAACCCCAAGGUCCUCACAGCUAGCAGCCUUUUCGUGCCCAGCGUGAACACCUGGGGGUACGCCCCUCAGUUACAUGGAAAAACCCACCCUCGCUGCAGCAGUGUCGGCUGUUCCAGGACAGGGCAAUAUUUUGUGUGAGGUGUCCAAUUAAACUGCCUAACCAUUGCCCAUUUUCAUAUAUAUUAUCGUUUUGUAGCUUUCAAACAGUAGGCUGUUCUUAGGGAGAUUGUGUUCAGGACACUCUAGAAACUACACAUUCAGUAAUAUAUUUGAAUGGCGUUUCUCCAAUAUCUUUAAAGUAAGCAUUCAGAUAGCAGAGUCAAGACUUUGUACUUCUCCUGGAAAGGAGUAAAUGAGGCUCUUGUCUUAUGGAUCCGUAAGUGUCCCUGUCAGGGACACAGCUGUGCUCUGGGUCCACCUGCCCCGCUGUCAUCAGUGUCAGAGGAAGGGAGCCAAUAUUGCGAUCACUACCUCCCCAGAAUUCACAGGCCUUCAUUCCUUUAAGGUCUGCCCCCUGGGGCAAGGGAAUGAACUCCAUAUGAAGACCUGAAAGAGAGAGUAAAGAAAGUAGAAAGAGCUUACUUGUCAAAUUCUCGGUCUUCAGGUUGAAUGUCAGCUUUGGCUUUUGCUAAGUAGUUGCUUUAGACAAGCUGUCAGUUUCACUUAGAGACCUCAGUGCAAAUCCAAGGCUGGCAAGAGAAAGAAUGGCCACAGAAACAGCUGAAGUGAAAUUGAGUUUUAUCCAUCCCAUCUGAGACUCGAGGAGCUUUUGUGAAUCAGAGUGUCUUCACUCAAAGCCAGUUAUUUACAGAGAUGGUGAUGGUCAAUGAGCAUUAAAAUCUGUAGGUCCAGUAUGGUAAAUAUUUUUAUUAUGAUCUCAAGGUAAUAAAACUUUUUUCUUCUUUUUACCUUUGGAGUGCCUCACAGGAACAACUAUUACACUUUGGGUUUUUUGUUUGUGCUUUUGUAUUCUUUUUUUUUAACUUUACCGACUGAACUAAUGUUGAUUGCAAUUCUUAGAAAUCUGCCACUGUGCAGUGAAGUGCUGUUUCUCUACCCUAGAAAUCUAUUUGUAUAAUUUUUUGCUAUAAUAAUCAUUUUGAAAGACUUCCCUUACAUCUCUAAAGAUUUUUUGAUGGAAUAAGGCAUAAAGUAUAUAAAUACAUUGUAACCAAUGUUAAUUUAAGCCUUUGUCCCUACAGGUCAGUAAAC